UUUUAUUUUUUGUUGUCUUUCGUUUACCGUCUUUUGCAAUGUCGGAGGCUCCAUAUAAUCCGCUUGAGAAGUUAGCGAGCAUAGAUCAUGAUGAGAAAAAGCCGCCUUCAAUCCAUGGAAUGAAAUGCAAACCCGACGCUAAUGAACCAGAAUCCAACCUGGUUUCUACGCCUGAUGAGCCAGCCCAACGAACAACCAUGAAACGGAUCCUUGUCUUCGUCGCACCAUCGUUGCGACAACGAUGCCGAUCAUUGGAUCAGAAUUUAAUCAAAUGCACAGUGUGGCAUGGGUGGCAACGGCUUAUAUUCUCACCUUUGAUGCUUUUCAACCUUUGUUCUCAAAAUUUUCGGACAUAUGGGGUCGAAAAACAAUACUGCUUGUUGGUACAAGUAUCUUCUUGCUCGGAUCUCUCCUCAGCGGUGCCUCCACAAAUAUGAUCAUGCUGAUUGUGUGCAGGGCAAUAUCAGGUAUCGGUGCCGCAGCGAUUAUGCCCAUGGUUUUCAUCAUUAUUUCUGAGCUGGUACCGCUUCAGCAACGAGGAAAAUAUCAAGGCAUCGUCAAUGCUGUGUUUGCGAUCGCAAAUAUAUGCGGCCCGUUGGUAGGAGGAAGUUUUGCAGACCAUGCUACUUGGAGAUGGAGUUUCUACAUGAACUUGCCAAUAGGCGCCAUAGGCAUCGCCAUCGUUGUCUUUUUCUUGCGCUCUCCAGCACCUGCAGGCACCACCAUGGAAAAGUUAAAGCGAGUCGAUUAUUUUGGGACCAUACUUGUUUUGUCGUCCGCAACAUUGUUCUUACUUGCUAUGAACUUUGGUGGCCAAGCGUUCCCAUGGAGUUCACCAGCCGUGAUUGUGCCUUUGGUGUUCACAUGCAUCUUUAUAGUUGCUCUAUGUUGGGUGGAAUCUCGCUAUGCUAAAGAGCCUCUCAUGCCCCCGCACUUGUUUAAGAAUCAAUCGGUUGUCGCCAUCAUGGUGACUAACUUUUUUUUUGGGUGUGGGUUCUUUGCCAUCGGCUUCUAUCAGCCUGUAUACUUUCAAGCAGUUCGUGGUGACUCGGCAACUCAAUCUGGUAUACGACUGUUCCCUAUGCAGCUCACGAUUCCGUUCAUGUCUACCUUGAUAGGAUGGAUUAUUUCUCAUUUCGGUCAGUGGAAACCAUUUAUGCAUUUUGGAAUCACAGCCCUUUGCAUUGGUCUUGGAUUGCUUAGCCUUUUUGAUUACACCAGCUCUUGGUCACUGGUGUACGGGAUAACGUCUAUUUGUGGCAUUGGUAUUGGUUCGCUAUUUGGAUCGGCGCUCAUUGGCAUUCAAGCUUCGGCGGACCCGAAAGACAUUGCAGUUGUUACCGGUCUGUGCAGUUUUGCUCGUAUUUUGGGUGGAGCGUUAGGUGUAGCUAUUGCAUCUGCCAUCAUCAAUUCUUCCUUGAAGACAUCUUUACCGCUUCACAUGCCUACUGAGAUCGCCAACAACGUCAUCGACAGCUCGCUCUAUAUCCGAAACGGUCUUCCCUCUGAGUACUUCCAAGUAACCAUCGACUGCUAUGUGGCGGCGUUGCAACUUUUGUGGUAUGUCAUGGCUGGCCUUGCUGGUGUCGGUGUGAUUUCUUCCCUCUUCAUCAAGCAUAGUACGCUUCGAACGGACAAGCUCGAACAUGCGGUGACAUCGGAAUCCCACCCGGAAAUAAUCGAAACGGAAGGGAAAAAUGACGCUACUGCCGUUCAACACAACGAUACGGUUGUUGAAGUUCAUGACGAUGAUGUAGUAUCAAAUUCGCCAAAGAAAUUAGAGUAGUCGUGGAAACUCUGACAUAUGCAGUGUGGUAUUUAGAUUCUGAAGUCAAGUAUCGAUUUAUCAUGUUUAUCUUAUCCUUAUUUUGCUUCUCGAGCAGAUUGCUUAUUUUCGAUAGCUCUUAAUUUGUAUUCCAUUUUCCGUGCACGUACAUUGCGUUAUAAAAACACCAAUUGUAAACAGUCUACACUGUCCAGCCGAGU